AUGGCCUCUUCCACGAAUUCAUCGAAACACAUUCUCACCAUGUCGGGUGUCAAGCGCUACUCUCCAAAACGACUCAUUGUCUGCUGUGAUGGCACCUGGCAGGAUUCGCUCGCCGACGGGGCCCAACCGCCGUCAAACCUCACUCGCUUUAGCAGAGCGCUGAGCCGCCUCGCCGUUGUUGAUGGCGAGGAUGGCCAACAAUACGAGAUACCGCAGAUCGUCUACUACCAGAAGGGCGUGGGAACUAGUCUCGGAGAUAAAUACUGGGGCGGCGUGGCCGGACUGGGCGUCAGCGCCAACGUGCGAGCCGCGUACGGCUUCCUGGCCGACAACUACAACGACGGCGACAAGAUCUAUUUCUUUGGCUUCUCGCGCGGCGCGUACACUGCCCGUGCCGUCGCCGGGCUCGUCUGCAAAUGGGGUCUGCUGACCCCGCGGGGCAUGGAUAACUUUGCGCUCGUGUAUGAUGAUUUCUACAACCAAAAGAUUGAGGGAUACGAUGCGGAGCGGCGCAAACGAAUGGGGUUCCGCGACCCCCUGCCGCGGUUCACGGUCGAGAUCAUCGGGGUGUGGGAUACGGUUGGGUUCCAGAAGGCGUGGCUGGGCCGGGACGCGGGCGAGAAGCUGGAGCUGCGGAAUACAAUCCUGCAGGAUAAUGUGCGCUAUGCGUUCCAUGCGCUGUCGCUGGACGAGGAGCGCACGGCGUUUCAGCCGAUCGUGUGGCACAUCCCGCACAGGAACGAGGGCCAGGAGAUGCUCCAGUGCAUGAAGCACAGGCAGCUGAGAUUUGACAUUGACGAGUAUCUGUUCGAUGAUCCCCCGCGACCCGAGGAAAGCGAGAUGGCUCCGUGGGCGACAAGCCUGGGCAAAAUCGACCACAGCAGCAUCGGACGAACAUUACAAGGUAAGCUGGGAGGCAGAUCCACUCGCAAACCGAUGGGGUACAACCCGACGGGUCAGGAGUCCGAUAUCACGAACGAAUUCAUUCACGAAUCGGUCCGGGAUCGCAAUCUGGCCAAGUGGCCAUGCGCCGCGCUCAAGGGACGCCACGAUGAGAAGAGCUGGACUCUGACGUCUGGCAAGCAGAUCGCCGAACUUCCUGCGUUGCAGAUGGAAAAGUAUAUGAAGGGUCGCAUUCGGACAGUGCAUGUCACCGAGGAGGAUUAA